UAUGACCGUUAAUUAGCCAAGAAAAAUAAACCAGCCACCAGGCCAGCUCUUCUAAAAAAACUAGCCCAAGAUGAGAAAACUAAGUUGAUGAAAGAAAGCCCAUAUUCGGCCCAAAGAUUUGUUGUAUGGUUUAGCUCGACUGAGAGUGAACUUUCCUGUUUUAAAAUUUUGAAUUGUAAUAGACCCGUUGCUACUCCCAUCAUCUCUUUCUAGUCCUUAGAACAAUUUCGUCUCCGAGCUUGAUCAGAUUCUCAUAUCAUACACAAUGAAAUCGAGCAUCUGCAAAAAAUCCGAUAAUUCGAAAACCAAACCGAGUGUGAAGAAGAAACAGAGCACACCACUAAGAUCAAUUCUCUGUUUGAAAAACAGAGCCAGCCUGAAGGAGAUCGAAAAGAAAGAAGAUUGUUUCAUUCUUGAUUUCAACCCCGAUGAGUCUCUUCGUAAAACCCAUGUUUCCAACAACAAUGAUGCUGAAAUCUCUGUUGUUGCAGAAAAAGGCCAGGUGGCUUGCAGAGAUUUUCCUCAUUCGAGGCAUAAUUGCGCCAAGUAUCCGUUCAAUAAGACCAGCCACGAAAGCUGCUGUCGAUUCUGCUACUGUUUCGUCUGCGAUACAGCGGCUCCUUGCGUGAUGUGGACCGGAUCCAACGGGCAUUGUCAUGUUGUAGAUAAUGAAGCUGGGAAGUUGCAGAGGAGAGCUGCAAAACGGUUGCAAAUAUUGAUGCAAGCGGUCCUUAAAGCUAACGGAUUGAGUAUAUAAUCAAUUUAGCAGCUUGAGUAGUUCAUAUUACUGUUAAUUUUAUGUUGUGUUUGGUUGGGGUGAAUGAUUUCGGAAGGAAUGGAAUGAAAAAAUAAACUAUAUUAUGAACAAUUGUUAAGAAAUUUUAUUCUUUCCUUCAUUCCAUUCCUUACAUCAUGUGCUAAAUAUUACACCUUCAAUUUGAGAUGGAAUGCUCCAUUCUUUCUCAUCCUCAAUUUCUUCUCAAAUAUCAUCAUAGCAAUUUUGCACUCCCUCAAUUUUUUUUCAAAACUUUCUUCCUAUCUCUAUUCAUUUCAAGUAUUUUUUACUCACUGCAUUCCAUUCCAUUCCAUUCUCCCCAACCAAACACAACAUUAGAUAUAUGGGUUGGGAAUUGGAAUCUAGAUAUGAUUUGCAGGAUGAGUUCUUAUCAUCAAAUUAGGGUUUCUUUUGCCCCUAUGCACUGAGAUGUAAUCAUCAAUAUGGCAUAUCAGUCCCAUUUUGAAUAUUAUAGAUAUAAUAUUUCGGAUUAUCAAUUGACC